ACGAAAUGCAAGAGGUAUUAAAAUUUUAAAAUACGACAAUUUAUAAACUGGGGAAGAGUUCUAUUCAUAAAUUGUUGUGAAUUCACUACCUAAUUCGUUAAUAGACAACAUGAAUCAACGAUCAUUAGUGACAGGAAAAAACUUAUUUUUAACAUCGCCGUAUAAUUAUCCUCAACUUGCAUUAAAGACAAAUGCAAUUUCGUCAAGAAGAUUUUCUUCUUCAACAGAGUCUAGUACAACAAUAGGAGGCCUCAUUACAGUUAUAGCAGAAAAACUUGGUGUAGGAGAAUUAGCUACUGGAGGUCUUCAAUUAGCAGUUAUUGGAGGUGUACUAGCUGGAUUUAGAUAUUUUGGUAGUUAUUUUUUCGAAUUCUUAAAGAAGAAGACCAUCGUUACAGCUGAUUUUGAUAGUAGAGAUGAAUCAUAUAGUUGGAUUUUGAAUUGGUUAAGUGAGCAGCCUUAUAGUAAAAAGACUUCACGAUUUUCUGUUUCAACAAGUAUUGUUCGUGCAGGACAAAGAUUAACAGGCGAAGGUAUCGACGCAAUGUUACCUCCUGUUUAUUUCCUGCCUGCUCCAGGUAUGCAUUUUUUUACUUAUAGAAAUCGUCUCUUAUGGUUAACAAGAGAACGUCCUGGUACAUCGAACCAGGCUAAUAACUCAAAUACAUUUUUACUUGAGCGAAUUCAAAUAAGUACAUUUGGACAAUCACGCGAGUUAUUGCAAAGUCUUGUAUUUGAGGCGCAAAAGAAAUUUAUUGAACGUGACAAGAGUCGAACAGUCGUAUUUGCUGCAGAUCAAUACGGAGCUUGGAGGAGAACACGAUCAAGACCAAAGAGACCGUUAAGUACGAUUGUGAUCCCUACAAAUGUCAAACAAAAACUAGUAGACGAUGCAUUGGACUUUUUUUCUUCAGAGCAAUGGUAUAGUGAUCGUGGUAUCCCUUAUAGAAGAGGAUAUCUAUUAUAUGGUACACCUGGAUCAGGGAAGACAAGUUUUGUAUAUUCAUUGGCUGGUGAACUAGGGUUAAAUAUCUAUGUCGUUAACUUGAGUAAUAAGAGUAUGACAGAUGAUACAUUAAGUGAACUCGUUUCGGAUACGCCUAGUAGAUGUAUAUUAUUAUUAGAAGAUAUUGACGCAGCUUUUAUUCAGAGAGUAAAAGGAGAUUUAACUGCAGCUAACCAAAUUACAUUUUCAGGAUUAUUAAAUGCAAUUGAUGGUGUUGCUGCACAGGAAGGUCGUAUCUUAUGUAUGACUACAAACCAUAUAGAAAAAUUAGAUGAUGCUCUUAUUCGUCCUGGUCGUAUUGACGUACGUGUUCAUUUUGGAAAUGCUACGCGUAAACAAGCAGAUGAAUUAUUUAGAAAAUUCUAUCCCAAUUUGGAACAAAGUGACUCUCAACUUCCUGCUUUGUUUGCCUCAAAGAUUCCUGAAGAAACAUUCAGUAUGGCUCAUCUUCAAGGCUUCUUAAUGGGAUAUAAGCAACGACCAGAGGAAGCAGUAAGAUUAGUAGAUGAAUGGGUUAAAUCACAUCAAAAGGGAAAGAAAGACGAUGGCUCUACUGAAGAAGAAGAAGAGCAACAAACACAUUUAAUUCAAGAUUUUUAA